ACACCAAUGUGUCCGUCACGGUUCACAAAGCGCAACCAUACCACUCCACUGUCAGAUGUACACACAAGCCGGAUCACUGUUUCGACUUCGAAUACAACGAUAGGCCCAAAAUCUACGACAGGCGAUGCAAUGUAAAUGGGAGUUUAUCUGCGAUGUAAAUCUGUUUUACCAACUUUUUUGUACAACGAGGAGCGGAUCAAGAGACCGAAGCUGUUCUUUUCUUUCUUCCUUGCUUGUUGCUUCCUUUUCCUUUCUUAGGCCUAGAUUUGUAACUUCAAUUUUUUGCCUCUAUUUUUUUAAUUUUCUUUUUCAAAUGGUUCACUGCAUCUGACUCUCUCUCUCUCUCUCUCUCUCUCUAUCUCUAAAUGGCAAGACCUUCAGGAAGAAUCAUUCGAGGUCUCUUUAGAUUGCAUUUCAAUCAAAUUCCCUCAAACCCUACACCUCAAAACGGCGUUUUCUCAUCUGCGAAUUCUUCGUCUGGGCUUUCAAGUUUAAGAAACGUAAUCCUUGAACCUCAUUCAAAUCUAUGUAUUCAUCAACCCACAUUUGUCAAUAGGGGAUUUUCUCAGAUCUCUUCAAAACAUAAUUGUCCUACGCCUUCGGUUGAAUAUGUCAUAAGGAAUUACUCUUCAGGGGUUUUGUCAUCCGGACUUUCAAAAUCCAGCUGUUUAAAUCCUGAAAUCAAUUUGAAGCUUCAGACAUUCUCUAAUUUCUCUUCCAGAAGCUUAGGUCUUCAUAAACAUCCUGGAAAUUUAUCUGGGUGUAGGUAUUUCUCUUUUAGGAGUUCGGAUUUUGGUAAACUCAAUGGAAUUUUCACUAAAACAGUCGUCGAUAAGCCCUUAUCGGUUGUUAGAUCGGCGUUCACUCGGUACCGGGAGGCUGUCGGCCUGCAGGUUGAGGCGUUUUUUAAGAGGAACUAUCUGGUGCUGGUGGGGGCCACUGGAGUUGCACUCUGCAUCUUGCUGUGGAGAGUCAUGUUCGGAAUAGCAAAUACUUUUGUUGGACUUUCAGAGGGCAUGGCGAAGUACGGGUUUCUUGCUCUUUCAACUGCCAUUGUGGCAUUCACUGGCCUGUAUGUCCGUUCAAGGUUCACCGUCAAUCCUGAUAAGGUUUAUAGAAUGGCCAUGAGGAAGCUGAACACAUCUGUUGGAAUUCUUGAGGUCAUGGGUGCCCCUCUUUCCGGUACUGAUUUAAGAGCGUACGUGAUGUCAGGAGGUGGGCUGAGGCUGAAGAACUUCAAGCCAAGGCUGGCAAGCAAACGGUGUUUCUUAAUUUUCCCCAUUCAUGGCUCUGAACGAAAAGGACUUGUAAGCGUCGAAGUAAAGAGGAAAAAGGGCCAGUAUGACAUGAAGCUAUUGGCAGUUGAUAUCCCCAUGACAAAAGGACCUGACCAGCGAUUAUUUCUGGUUGGGGAUGAAGAGGAAUACAAGAUUGGUGGUGGAUUGAUAUCUGAACUAAGAGAUCCCAUAGUGAAAGCUAUGGCUGCAGAGAAAGAGUUUGAAGCUCUUGACCAAAAGGAAGAAGAGGAUGAUGCAAAAAAAGAGAUUCAAGAGGAAGAAAGAAGGAACCGCGAAGAGGUUGAAAAGCUGGAAAAAGGUAGCUUGUAGAGAUACAAAAUAAUUGUUGUUGUUCGUUUCUAUUUUUUUCCGGUAUUUCCUUUGAGUUGAUCUGUUUCCAUCUUUCUCUGUUAUUCUUCCCCUUCUGAUGCUUAAAGAAAACUGAUGUUACCCUAAACAAGCAGGAAUAACAACUUUGACGCAUCUGGCGUCUAAACCAUUCUGAGUUAACUGGUUCACAUCACCUUGUGUGAUUUUGAGAA